AUGGACAGAAACAUUCUUGUGAAUGACAUUGGUAAAUUUUUUGUUCAUAAGAUUAUCAAGGUUCGUACUGAAACUGACUCAACUGGUGUUGAUGAGAUAGAUAGAGCACUGGUUCCAACUAAUCCGCAGAUAGACAAUGAAAUACAGGUCAUGGAAUCUUUUCAAUUACUAGAUGAGAAGGAUGUUUCUACUCUGAUUCGAAAAUCAGCUAAAAAAACAUGUAAAUCGGAUCCAAUGCCUACUUCAUUAAUUAUCGAUUGUCUGGAUGUUUUGCUCCCUUUUAUCACAAAAAUGGUUAAUGUGUCAUUAACAACAGGUCAUUUCCCAAAUGCAUGGAAAGAAGCUCUU